ACAGAAAACCAAAAAAAGAGAGAGAGAGAGAGAACCCCCACCGAUUCGGAGAAGGAAGCGAGGUUGGCGAGGCCGAGGCGGGCGGAGCGCAAUGGCGACGGCGGCGGCGGCGAGGGACGCCCUCCUGGACGAGCUGCGGGCGCGGAUGGCGGCGCACUCCCCGCCGCUCCACGCGCUCGUCAUCCCGUCCGAGGACGCCCACCAGAGCGAGUAUGUGUCGGAGCGGGACAAGCGGCGGCAGUUCAUCUCCGGGUUCACCGGGAGCGCUGGUCUGGCGCUUGUCACUAUGAAUGAUGCACUACUGUGGACCGAUGGACGCUACUUCUUGCAAGCAGAGCAGCAACUCAGUGAUCGCUGGAAAUUGAUGCGUAUGGGAGAAGAUCCACCUGUUGAAGUUUGGAUAGCUGAUAAUCUGUCAGAUGAAGCUGUCAUUGGAAUCAAUCCAUGGUGCAUCUCUGUUGACACUGCCCAGAGAUAUGAGCAUGCAUUUUCAAAGAAGCACCAGAUACUGUUUCAACUUUCUUCUGACUUGGUAGAUGAAAUAUGGAAGGAUCGUCCUUUGGCUGAGGCUCUACCUGUAGUUGUGCAUCCUGUAGAGUAUGCUGGGCGUAGUGUUACCGAAAAACUUAAGGAGUUACGAGAAAAACUACUAAAUGAGAAGGCUAGGGGCAUUAUAAUAGCUGCUCUUGAUGAGGUUGCCUGGCUGUACAACAUUAGAGGAAAUGAUGUGCAUUACAGCCCAGUGGUUCAUUCUUAUUCUAUUGUAACCUCGCACAGUGCGUUCUUUUAUGUGGAUAAGAGAAAAGUAUCUGUUGAGGUCCAGAACUACAUGACUGAGAAUGGUAUUGAUAUCAGAGACUACAAUAUGGUUCAAUCAGAUGUAAGCUUGCUUGCAUCUGGACAGUUAAAAGGUUCUGCAGUUAAUGGUACCUCACAUGUGGAAAAUGAUAUGAAUGAGAAUUCAAAAGUUUGGAUUGAUUCAAAUUCGUGCUGCCUUGCACUCUACUCAAAACUUGACGAUCAAGUUCUGAUGCUGCAAUCACCUAUUGCUCUUCCAAAGGCUGUGAAGAAUCCUGUAGAGCUAGAUGGUUUGAGGAAGGCACAUAUUCGAGAUGGUGCGGCUGUUGUGCAAUACCUGGCUUGGCUUGACAGUCAGAUGCAAGAGAACUAUGGAGCUUCUGGUUACUUUAGUGCGGCCAAGGGUUCACAGAAAAAGGAGCACAUGGAAGUAAAACUUACCGAGGUUUCUGUGAGUGAUAAACUCGAAGGUUUCCGUGCAUCUAAAGAGCACUUCAAAGGCCUGAGUUUUCCUACGAUUUCAUCCGUUGGACCAAAUGCAGCAGUAAUUCACUAUUCACCGGAAGCUAGUUCAUGUGCUGAACUUGAUGCUGAUAAAAUAUAUCUAUGUGACUCUGGGGCUCAGUAUCUUGAUGGUACUACAGACAUUACAAGAACUGUACAUUUUGGCAAACCCUCUGAGCAUGAGAAGUCAUGCUAUACGGCUGUUUUGAAAGGACACAUUGCACUAGAUAUUGCUGUAUUUCCCAAUGGAACCACAGGGCAUGCUCUUGAUAUUCUCGCACGAACACCACUUUGGAAAAGUGGUCUUGACUACCGGCAUGGUACAGGCCAUGGAAUUGGAUCUUAUUUGAAUGUUCAUGAAGGUCCUCACCUAAUUAGCUUCAGACCUUCUGCUAGAAAUGUACCACUGCAAGCAUCAAUGACUGUAACAGAUGAACCUGGUUACUAUGAGGAUGGAAGCUUUGGUAUAAGGUUGGAGAAUGUUCUGAUACUUAAAGAGGCCAAUACUAAAUUUAAUUUUGGAGAUAAGGGCUAUUUGGCAUUUGAACAUAUAACAUGGGCUCCAUACCAGACAAAACUGAUUGACACCACUUUGCUGACCCCUGCCGAGAUUGAAUGGGUAAACGCGUAUCACUCAGACUGCCGAAAAAUUCUGCAGCCUUACCUGAAUGAGCAGGAGAAGGAAUGGCUAAGGAAAGCUACUGAGCCUAUCACUGUGAGCUGUUAAGCUAUCAACUAGCUGGUCGGCAUUUGCCUAGAUGGGCACACGGCGCAGGGUCUCAACCAACUGCAACCAUUCGUGCAUUCGUGCCUAGAUGCGCAGAACUGCAGAUGAUUUGUGGCACGCCAUGCGUAGAUAAACGGCUAUCCCACAAUUUAAUUACUUGCAAUAAGUGUGAAUAGCAGAAAACAUCGCAAAUCAUUCUUUGCCUUUUUUCUGCUAAGAUUGAAUGUGAGGAUUGGAGGUAGAAAUAAGACAGGACUGAAUGCUUUCCUCCGUUGAAUAUGGUUGCAUUUGUACAGUUAUUCAGACGUUUUCUUUUAGCCCUGUUGCUUUUAAAUCGUGGUGUAUCGAGAAUGUAUGAUUAGCACUGGAUAAAUAAAGAAAUUUAACGGCCAUACCAGACAU